CAGAAAGAACUGGCGACCUUUCUCGAGAAGGAACAAACCCAGGCCAAACUGCAUUCCUCGAUUCACAGCCUUACAACCAUGUGUUGGGACAAGUGUGUCACGAGCACUCCCUCAACUAGGUUCUCUCGGGGAGAAGAGAGCUGUUUGCAUCACUGUGUUGACAGGUUCUUGGAUUCGAGCAUUUUCCUCGUUAAACAAAUCCAAGAACGGAGAGACCAGUGA